AUGAAUCUCCGUCUUCAAAAAAGGCUCGCAGCCUCCGUCGCUGGUGUUGGCAAGCGUAAAAUCUGGCUUGAUCCCGCUGAGCAGGCUGAAAUUGGGAAUGCGAACUCUCGUCAGGCCAUCAGAAAGCUGAUCAAGGACGGACACAUAAUUACAAAACCAGUCACAAUCCAUUCCCGCGCGCGUGUGCACGUAAGGCAUGCCGCCAAACGCAAAGGUCGCCACACUGGUCUUGGUAAGCGGAAAGGUACUGCCGAGGCCCGUCUUCCGACGAAGCUUGUGUGGAUGAGACGUCAGCGUAUCAUGCGAAGACUGCUCAGAAAGUAUCGUGAAACUAACAAGAUUGAUAAGUCGCUAUAUCAUUCACUCUAUUUGAAGGCGAAGGGUAAUACCUUCAAGAACAAGCGUGUGCUGGUAGAGUACAUCCACAAGACGAGAGCCGAGAGGUUGCGAACCAAGGCUAUCAGUGACCAGCUCGAAGCUCGCCGUCUUCGGAUAAAGGCGAAUCGCGAACGCCGCCAAGCCAAGGCGGGGAGACGAGGUGGUUAUGCAACCAGGGAACCACGGGGGGCAGAUACUCUCAAGCCCGAGUAAACGUGUCAUUGGCUUGGUUGUGUUAUUUAGGAUGUCCUCGCUAUCUCUUAUCCCAUCUUUCUUCCCUACCGAUUAUUCUUCACCUAAUCGGUCCUGCAUUACUCUUUUUUUUGCAUUCCCAUGCCCUCUUGUCAUAUGCGUUUACAUCCUGAGUAUCAAUAUGUCCAUGCCUCCGAG